GCAGUAUCCAUUUGUACAAAAUGUAAAUAUUGUACAUUUUACAUUUAGAUUUAACCUAUAUAACGGAUUUUAUUAACAUUUAGAUUUUCUGUUAUGCAACAUACAAAUAAGAUAGCAUUUGUACGUACGUAUUGACGGGUGUUGAAGAAGUAUAUAGCUGUACAAUAUGUUAAUUGAAAGGUUAUGUGACUUAUGUAAAAGACAUACCGCUAUAAUUGCAUUGGGAUUACCAGCUAUUACUGUAACUACCGGGCUUUUGAUAAAGAGGUUUCGCAGAGUUUAUACUAGAACAAACAGAAUAUGUGGCAUAGAUUAUCCAAGGGAUGUUGUAAUUCUUCAUCCAUUGGGUAGGGGAAUAACAGGACCGGACACAAGUCAUUUUGUUGUGAAACUUGAAACAUAUCUAAGAUUUCACAAUAUACUUUACCAGUCUGACUUCAAUAUAGAUAACUACAAGUUAGGUCCAAAACAGAAAGUUCCAUGGAUCGAAUAUAAUGAUGUUACACUUGGCGACUCUCAGAUGAUUAUAGAGUUCUUGAACAAGGAGUUGAAUGUGGAUAUGGAUGCUCAUCUGUCAAAGCAAGAGAAAGCGCUUGCAUGGGCAAUACAGAAAUGGAUCGAGGAAUUCAUGUAUUGGAUAAGUGUGCAAUGGACCUGGGUUUUAUUUAUAGAAGAAACAUUUCAAGAUGGUAUUUCACCCUUUCCUUUAGAUGAGAAGUCGGCGGUUAAAGACUGGGUAGCCAAUAUGACAUAUACAGCAGGAAUAGGAAGACAUAGCGAGGAGGAAAUUCUGGAAAUGACAGUCUCAAAUUUACGAAAGUUUUCUGAUAUUUUAGGGGAAAGGCAAUACAUUUUCGGAGACAAAAUGAGCACCGUGGACUGUUCUGCAUUCGGUAUAUUCUCCCAGAUGAGAUGGUUAACCCCUAAAUCAUGCCCAUGUUAUAAGGUUUUUGAAGAUGGUGAAAUAUCUAAUGUUGUAAAAUACCUGGACAGAAUACGAGAUCAUUAUUGGCCUGAUUGGGACAAUCCAAGAUUUUAGCCGGCGCUCUUAGUCGUUGAUAUUUCCUUGUAAGACACUAUAAUAAUGGCAUGUGCAAAUAUUUAUGGUUUCAUUACGAUAUUUCUUCUUUCACAGGCUUUUUAAAGACAGAUAAUUUAAAUUAAAUGUCGUUUUAUUAGCUCCUAAAUGUCAAUGUUAGUACAUCUUGAAAUCGUGAGUUACUUGCUUUGAUAUAAAGUUAAACAGGACAAAAAUGUUUUCGAACUGUCUAUAUGCACAAUGAUUUGUAAAAUCUAUUCAUUUAACACAUUUUAUACCAUAUUUUAUUCAAAAAUGAAAGACAACCCAUAGCGUCUGGACGCACCAAAAUUAUACGACACGAUAGUGUUGUCUGAUAGUGUUCUACACACGACACGUACAUAUUUUAUAAUAUCCUAUAAAAAUGAUAAAUUGUACUGUUCAGAUUAUAGAUUGCAAUCGUGCAUUACAAGACUGCCAAUAAAUUGAUGCUAAAUGUAAAAUGAUAAAUGUAUCAUGUGUUUAGCUUUAAAACAUUUUAUCUAUCUUGCACGAUUUAUAUGUCAUCGUGAUAUUGAUAAAAGCAAUAAAUCUUUUAAGUGUA